AUGUCUGCUCUCCGUAUAGCCGCGCGCCGCCUUCCUCGCGCCUCUCGUCUGGUCCCUUCGAUUGAGUCACCCAUCCAGCGUCGAUUUGCAGCCACGUCCAAUGCUCCCCAGGAUGUGAAGAGCCACGUCCAGAAGGAGGCUUCCCUGCCUAACCCCGACCCCUCCCCCGACUCGCUCACGGCGUCCUUCAUCAACGAGCGUACGCCGUUCAUGGUCCCCACCUAUGUUCGCCCAGCUCCAAUGAUGAUGAAGGGACAGGGUUGCUACUUGUGGGAUAUGGAGAACCGCCGCUAUCUGGAUCUGACCGCUGGAAUCGCGGUCAACUCUCUCGGUCAUUGUGACCCCGAAAUUUCAAAGAUUAUUGCCGAGCAGGCCGAGACCCUCAUUCACGCUUCGAACCUCUACCACAAUCCUUGGACCGGUGCUCUGAGUCAGUUAUUGAUUGAGCAUACUCGCGCGUCCGGCGCAAUGCGUGAUGCGUCCCAGGUCUUCAUCUCCAACUCCGGAACCGAGGCCAACGAGGCCGCCAUCAAGUUUGCUCGCAAGGUCGGCCGGUCUCUCGACCCCUCCGGUGCCAAGCACGAGUUCGUCUCGUUCCACAACUCUUUCCACGGCCGUACAAUGGGUGCUCUGUCUGCGACCCCGAACCCGAAGUACCAGACACCGUUCUCGCCCAUGAUCCCCGGCUUCAAAUACGGCAACUACAAUGAUAUUGAGCAGCUCCAGACUCUCGUCACGGACAAAACUUGCGGUGUGAUUGUCGAGCCCAUCCAGGGUGAGGGAGGUGUCAAUGUCGCUACUCCCGAGUUCCUGACUGCUCUUCGCAAGCGCUGCGAUGAGGUUGGCGCCGUCCUGAUCUUUGAUGAGAUCCAGUGUGGUUUGUCCCGUACGGGCACUCUUUGGGCCCACGGUCACCCCUCCUUGGCCCCUGCCUCUGGCGAGGCUGCCCACCCCGAUAUCCUGACCUCCGCCAAGGCCCUGGGUAACGGCAUCCCCAUCGGUGCGACCAUUGUCUCUGGUAAGACUGUUGCCUCACACAUUAAGACUGGAGACCACGGCACCACGUUCGGUGGAAACCCGCUGGCCUGCCGUGUCGCGUACCACAUCGUCGAGCGCCUGGCUGCGCCCGAACUCCAGGCUGCCGUCAAGGACAAGUCAGCCCAGUUUGUCUCUGGCUUCCAAGCCCUUCAGAAAAAGUUCCCCGAUAUCAUCUCAGAGAUCCGUGGCCGUGGCUUGAUCCUCGGUGUCCAACUCACUCCAGCUUUCUCUUCCAAGGCAGGUGAUAUUAUCACCGCUGCCCGCGAGCGUGGCAUGCUUAUCAUCACUGCCGGUGACGGCUGCGUCCGCUUUGUUCCUCCUCUUAACAUCACCGAGGAUCAGAUUAAGGCUGGCUUGAACAUUCUCGAGCAGUCGAUCGACUCGGUUGUGGCCAAGUCCUGA